AUGGCUAUUUGUUUACAGUAUGUUGAUAAGAAGGGAUUUGUGAUAGAGGCAUUCAUUGGACUAGUUCAUGUUAAAGAUACUAGUGCAUUGUCUUUAAAGAAAGUAAUUGCGGAUGUACUUGCUUAUCACUCUUUGACUUUAUCUUAUGUACAUGGGCAAUGUUAUGAUGAGGCAAGUAAUAUUCAAGAUAAUAAAUGGGAUCCCGUCUUAAAGAAAAAUAUUGAAUGUGAUUCACUUAAAGAAAAGGUGGAUGCAUUUUGUGUCAAGCAUAACAUUCCAUUACCCAAUUAUGAUGAACCAUUUGCUAAUUUUGGAAGAUCAAGGCGUAAAGUAGUUGAUUAUACUACUUUGUAUCAUUAUCGUGUGAAUGUCUUCUAUAAAAUAAUUGAUUGGCAAGAACUUAAUGACCGUUUCAAUGAAGUGACAAGCGAUUUGCUUAAUGAAGUUGUUUGCUUGAAUCCAGUCGAUUUGUUUUCUAGUUUUGAUAUAAAAAAAAUAGUUAGAAUGACUGAAUUAUAUCCUGAUGACUUCGAUGAAUUCAAAAUGAGAGCUAUUGAGAAUCAACUUGUUAAUUACAUUAUUGAUGUUCGUAAUAUUGAUAAAAGAUUCUCUCAUUUGGGUGGACUUGGAGAACUUUUCAGAAAGUUAGUUGAGACAAAGAAGCAUUUAAACUAUUUUCUUGUAUUCCUUUUAGUGAAGUUUGCUUUGAUUCCACCUGUUACCAUUGCAUCAGUUGAAAAAGCUUUUUCGAUCAAAAAUGCUAAGUUGAAGAUACUUGAAGGUGGAAGCAAUGGUAGAGCAGGAUACGUCUCUAUAUGCCUUUAG